UAUAUAAGGGAUUGUUACCAUGUACCUUGUUUUUUGCGAGUUUCCGAUAUUUCGGCACUGUUGCAAGCGCCAUAAUCACGGAGUAACUAGUAAUCGGAAAUUCGCUAAAAACAAGGUACAUGGUAAGAAUACCGUAAAUAACUUAAAUUACUAUUUUCUAGAUUUUGGGUAUAAAUGUACUCAGGUCGCUGAAUAAGAAGACGAUAAUCGUUAUAUCGAUUAUUUCUUAUUGAUUACGCGCAUCACUUCCCUGAAUCUGACUGAUCUGAUUCCGAUUCCCGGCCCUUGGCCUUGGCUGUUGUGCUGAAUGCUUACAAAAUUGCAUGAAGUUACAAUUUAUUUGAAUUUGUUGUGCAAUAAUCAUUACACAGAAAGAUAACACAAAUGUACUCAAAAUGACUUCUAAAACAGCAGAUAUUAUCAAACCAAGAAUGGUAAAAGUGUAUGAGCUAGAUGAUUUUGAAAAGUUACUAAAUGGGGUUAAGGUAGCAGCUUGUAUGAUCACAGAAUCACAUCAAGUAGUGGAUGAAGCUAGUGUAAUACGUAGGUUAAGUGCGCUCACUUUAAAUGGACCUUCUGAUGGUAAUUGUUGCUCAUGCUGCGGUGUCGGACCGUUUGAGACGAGAGCCCAACAAACUGCACACUACAAGCAACAUUGGCACACUCACAACCUUAAAAGAAAACUCUUUGGGAAGUUACCUCUCACAUUAGGACAGUUUAAUUCAAGACAAGAGGAUGACCUUAGUGUGUCAGGCAGUGAAUCGGAAUCAGAAGACUCAUCAAAGAAACCUGCUACAGACUUGUUUGCAGCUGCCACACGCCAUUGUAAGGCUUUUUUCACCAACCAAAAGGGACAAGUGUUCUGCGUCUACAGAUGUAUUUUACAUCAUAAAAAGGAAGAAUUAUCUACUGACGGUGAAGGUUAUGCUUGGGUGGAGCGAUGCAAACGGCUCUCUAUACCAGGCUUCCAGCGCUGGGCAGUGCUCAUGGUGUCUGGCGGUAACUUCGCCGGCGCCAUAUUCUCUGGGGGCGUCGCUGUAGUUCACAAGACUCAUAGAUCUUAUGUGACGAGACGAGGACAAGGGCAAGCGCAGGCACUGAGGGAUCAACAUGGAAACGCACCAAGAUCUGCCGGUGCUAGCCUAAGAAGAUACUGCCAGGCGCAGUUUUUGGAGCAUGUCCAAGAGGUGAUAACAAACUGGGCUGAGGAUCUGAUAGGAUGCACUUUCAUAUUGUACCGCGCUGUGGGGUCUUUGAACCAAGCAGCUUUGUUUGGAAAGAAUUCCCCCUUGAAAAGGGAGGAUCCCAGAGUUAGAGUGCUCCCGUUCCCGACAAAGAAGCCUUCUUAUAAAGAAGUCCAGAGGGUGCACGAAACCGUCGCUAGUGUAGAGGUGUAUGACACAAUGGAACUGUUCCAAAAGGCAUUAAUAACUUCCACAGCAAAGCCCAUAACUAAAGCGUCUUCCGACACUACUGUGGAACGACCGAAGAAACCUCAAAAGAGUCCCACUAAGCCUAUUGACAGAGCUAAGUCUAGAGAGCGCGCUCCAAGAGAAUUACCAACGCAGAUGGUGUCAAGCGAAGACGAAGGCCCAUGCUUCAUAGACUCUGAAACCCCCAAAGAUUGGAUAAAGAAAUUGUCGGAGCAGACAUCAAAUGGUGCUAUAAGUAGUUCUAAAAAAGAUCUCCUCAAUGAUUUAUCAGCCCCCAGUCAUAGGGAGACUGAAAGCGAUUCAGAAUCCUUGCCAGACAAGAAGGAGCAACAGAGGAAGAAAAAGAAGAAAAAACCGGAAGAGAAGCAAGACAGUAAGCAACCAAAGAAGGUGCCUCAGAAGAUUCCUGCUGAAGUCAAGAAGCUUUGGAAAGUGAUAUCCAGCGAUCAGUCGUCCCUAGACACAAUAUUUGAAAGCUGGGAGAUUGGUCAGCUAGAAGCAGCUUGCAACACACAGGACCCGAGCGAUGGCAAUACUGCCUUGCACAAGGCCGCUAUGGCGGAGAAACCUGAUAUGGUCACUCAGAUCCUAUCGGCGGGCGGCGAUCCGUGCAUACGCAACAAUCAGCAGCAGACUCCGUACUCGGCGACGCCUCACGCUGACACCAGGGUAGCGUUCCGACUGUUCCAGGGGCAGUUCCCUGACAAAUAUAACUAUGCUAAGUCACAUAUUCCGGGGCCGAUUACCUCCGAGCUUCUAGAAGCGGAGCGGGAAAAGAAAGCGCAGCAGAAGCGAGCGAAGCGGCAGCGCGACAAGGAGAAGCAACUCGAGAAGAUCAAGACAAACAAGUUCCUGCAGCUCACCGACGCACAAAAGGUAAAAGCUGACGAGUGUCGUUGCUUUCUAUGCGGUUCAUCGUUGCCCAAGGUGCCUUUCCAGUAUGACGACUUCAAGUUUUGCUCAAUAAAAUGCCUUCAAAACCACAGAAACCUUAGGCCGUUGCACAAAAGCGCGUAAAUACAGUCGACAGUAUUA